AAAUAUUGUAGCAGGUGCGUCCAAUAGACAAAGGCGCAUAGAGUGAGAUAGAUCUAGGUCUAUUUUUCUUUUUGACUAGGAGGCGUCCAUAAUGUGCUCUAAGAAGAAGUUUUUACGAGGACAAGCAGUUUCGGAUUCUGCCGCCGCCCGUGCUUGAUGUGGAGCACAGAGCAGCAGCUCCUUCAUCGGGAAUGCACAUCUUGCGCCUGGCGGAAAAUGCGCAACAAGCACAGGAGCGGCUAAAGGUUUUGCGCAAGUGGUACAAGAAGCUAAAGGAGAAAGUUACUGAGAGUGGGAUCUUCGACGUCAAAGAGGAACAGGUUGGACAUGAAUAGUGACUUGUUGAGAUAUUGAAAAUGAGUGAGUUAAAGAAAAUGGGUUCAAAGCAAUGAUGAAUUCUUUUACUAUUUGCAUCUUCCUCUUCCUUCAUCUUUGUGAAUCAGGAGCCGCAGAAGGAUUUUCCUGCUCUCGCCGCGGGUACUGAAGGAUCCGAUGUAGAAAGCGUGGAGGCUUCAGAUGAAUCAAUAGUAUAACUAUACUUGUUUUUGUUAAAGAACAACGAAAAGUCUCGCAGUGUCUAUCUUCUGCUUGUUUCGAAUUGGAUUUUUCUUGGCUGGACCUUCUAGAGAAGAAAUCGCUCACAAGGAACGAAAGAAUUUGAAUUCCUUUUUUCACAUUGUUCGUCAAUCGCUAACUCAUCCAUGAGUACUGUCAGGUCUCUGUGAUUGACCAAACAGAAUGGGAAAGUUAGAUCCAGACCCUCCCGGAUUAUCUUGUUGAUGUGUCCUACCUUUCUUCAGGAGAAGCCGACGAGCAGCAGCAGCAGCACUUCAGCACUCGAGGUGGCCGCUUCCGGCACAACGAGUAUCCAUCCUCACGACGCCACUGCUGCAACCGAUAUCACUGCGGAUUCCUCGUCCAACGCGCAUUAUGUCUGACUGACUAAUUGGGUGUCUAAUCAGUGCGUGGCAACGUAGCUUCAAGAUUCUGAGUAAGUAGAAAAUUACAAUGAGUUAGUUCAUCUUUGAACAUGUUCCUUGCUGUUUUCCACAUCAUUUCAUAAUGAAUGUCAGCACCAGAGUAAGUGGUGAAUCAUAACUCCGAGAAACCAAAGGAAUGACGAACCUCUAUCAAUAUGGACAAUAAGUAGUAGCUCGACUGUGAGUUAUUUUCCAAUCAGUUUCACCAGUGAAUACUCUAACAUUCUGAUCGCUCUGGCAACGGCGUUUCGGCCACUCAGUCCCGUGAUACGGCCUCCGCGGAUGUUCUCUCCGACUCGGCGACAGUCAGUGACCCUUCGCAUCAGUAAGGAACAUCAACAUCACGGAAGACCACGUGUGUAGUAGUGACAUCAACAUCAAGAAAAAAUAACACAAAAGAAUAUGAAAAGAAGUUUAAUAGAAGAUGUUAGUGUAAGUAGG